AUGAGGCUCCAGGUGGGAAUGAAAGAUGCUCCACCUCUUCUCACCCCAAAAAAUAGUCCGAUUCUUGAGACGACUGCGAACGUACUCCUUGGCUCAUACCGGUUCCUGCCGACCGCCGGGAAACGAGGCAGAGUGGACUACACGGGGUUAGAUGGGCUAUCUAAGAGGAGGAAAAAGAAAAUCAAAGACAGCACUACCAGCAAAGAUACCAUCCGGAAGGACAAAACCACUAGAGCAACCCUGGAAGGCAAUACCCCAGUCGCACGCCCACUGACAACUGAUAUCGAGGGUCCUAGUGAGGCGUGCAUGGCGGCUAGUAGCUCAUUUCAGCCUACACUGCCGUUGUCCGUCUGCGAGUCCUUACCUCCUGCCGAUUGUCAUGAAAAUGCGAUCCAGGUGAUCAAACAAGAGAACGCUUUUUCGGCGAGCAAGGACAUCCAAACUCGGAGUAACGAAACGGUAUACUGGGAAAUUAUCAAGAAAGGCGCAGAGCUCCUAGAUCCAGAGACUCUACCAACCCCUAAAGGACCUCUUGAUGAAUUUACAGUGGCUGAGAAGGUCGCAACCGAGCGAUUCAUGAGAGAGGCGGGCUAUGGGCUCAGCCUCGCUAAUCAGCGGCAGUGCCGCAUUUUCUGGAAGAGACUAUUUGAGAUACGGAAAGCGGGCGUCGAUAAGAUUCUCCUUUAUCGCACAAAAGAAUUCGACCGCUUCUGCAAGGGAUAUACCCCAGAAGCAGGGCUGUCCCUUGUAGAAAUGGUUCGGCUCUGGGAAGAAAAGUACGGCUUACACAUCAAACAGAUUGAGAGUCGGGUGGCACAAGAGAGUCAGGGCGACUCUACUGGAAGAUUAUGGCUGAGUCAACCGCAUGUGGCGGAGAGACUGGAUAUUCAAGAACAUACAUGGAACAGUGCGGGUAACCCCUGGUUUUCCAGUACGGAAGAAGCCGCUUUCCAAUCGAACGGUCCACAUGAGCCGUCAGCCACACAGCUUGGUGGGUUCUUUGACUUAAAUCCAGGUACAGAGGGAAUGAGAAACAAGUCUAUAUUUGUUACUCUACUCCCUAAAGAGGAAAACCUUUCAGUUUGCCCCAUAAUCUCAGUCUAG